CUCCCUGUCUCUUUCUCUCUCAUACAUAGCACAUGGUGUCUCUGAAUCCAAAUCCACCCGAAGGCUUCUACUUAGACCCGUUAAGCAUGGCCUUACCGAACCUAGGCUCCUUCUCUACACCAACCGCCGCGGCCUGCAAUACUUCGUCGUCUGAAGAUCCGACGAAGAAGAUCCGGAAACCCUACACCAUUACCAAGUCCAGAGAGAGCUGGACUGAGCCCGAGCACGACAAGUUUCUUGAAGCCCUUCAACUUUUCGACCGUGAUUGGAAAAAGAUUGAAGCAUUUGUUGGGUCGAAGACCGUUAUCCAGAUACGUAGCCAUGCACAGAAGUACUUUCUGAAGGUUCAAAAGAGUGGAACCAAUGAACAUCUACCUCCUCCUCGGCCGAAAAGGAAAGCUGCACAUCCCUAUCCGCAGAAAGCCUCUAAAAAUGCUCCAGUGCUCUCACAGGUGACAACAUCCUUUCAAACAUCACCCACUCUACCUGAACCUAGAUGCGUGCAAAGGCCUGAUUCUUCUUUGCCACUUAGGAAUCCUCUUACUAAUGUGGCUGUGCCUUCCUCGACCGACAACUCCUUGCAAACAGUCAGUGUAUCACAUGUGACAAAAGGUGAUGUGAAAACGCAAGGGCCACUACUGGCAAAUAAAAAUUGUUGCAGUAGUACUGAGAGCACUCCAAGGACACGCCCAGCUGGUGAAGUAGCUGAUCAAACGAGUAAUGGACCUUCAUUGAGAGUUUUGCCCGACUUUGCUCAAGUGUACAGCUUCAUUGGCAGUGUCUUUGACCCAAAUGUUACUGGGCACAUGCAAAAACUAAAGAAAAUGGAUCCAAUUGAUGUUGAAACAGUGUUAUUGUUGAUGAGAAACCUCUCCAUCAAUUUGACCAGCCCAGAUUUUGAGGAUCAUAGGAGGUUGCUUUCAUCAUAUGAGAUUGAGUUGGAGAAGGAUUGUUCCAGUGGUGCAAAUAUAGCCCUCAAGGACUACUAAUCUGAGAAUGCUGCUCAAUUUAGGAACGCAUUCUGUUUUUCUUUGAGGGAUCUAUUUCUUUUUUAUUGUAAAUUCACAACAAAGACUGAUUUUAUUUAAAUAAAAUUCCAGGACGUGAACUGAGGUCUAGUAGAUACCAAAAGGUAACCGCAUGCUUUGAUUUUCUGGAUUGUAAGUACUAUUUCUUUUUGCGAGACCUUUGGUUUUGCAGUUCAUCAAUCAGGUACAUAUAGUCUGUACAAAACAAAAUGUAUCAGAAUAUUGUUAAUGCGGGAAUGUAAAAUGUAAAGCUUGGU